AUGGCUGAUGACGAGCCGUCAGACAGCCCCAAGGCUUCGGAUAUUUACAACACACCUCGUGUUGUCACCAUCUGCAAAAGCGAGACGGGAUUUGGCUUCAAUGUACGGGGCCAAGUCAGCGAAGGUGGCCAGCUGAAAUCUAUCAAUGGCGAACUCUACGCUCCUCUCCAACAUGUCAGCGCAGUGUUAGAAGGCGGGGCAGCCGAGCGAGCCGGUAUCAUGAAGGGCGACCGGAUCUUAGAAGUCAUACCAAAGACUGUAUCCUCCGUCUUCCACCUGGCUAACCGAUGCGCCAACCGAGAGCUGAAUAUCUCACUAGAUGGGUCUAGGCUGAACUUCGUCUCAACACCAAAGUACCUAGGUGUCACUCUUGACCGAAGCCUCACCUUCCACGAGCAUGCCAAAGCCACAGCCCAAAAGACCCAAGCCAGAGUGUCUCUCCUAAAGAAGCUUGCAGGGACCGGAUGGGGAGCUAAUUUCACCACCCUUCGCACCUCCUCUCUAGCUCUUGCCUUCUCCACUGCCGAGUAUGCUGCACCUGCAUGGAGCCACAGCACCCAUGUACACAAGGUUGAUGUUGUCCUCAAUGACGCUAUGAGACUAAUCAGCGGAACACUCACUGCAACACCAGUCAGCAACCUGCCAAUAUUAUCUGGCAUACCACCAGCUCAGCUCAGACGAGAUGCGCAGUAUGCUAAGCUUGCCCAAAAGCAUGACAGAGAUAAAUGCCUUGUUCCUGCCCCCUCUGCCUUUGAAGGACAGCGUCUCCCUAGAAGACACUUUGCAACACAGGCUGCUGAGCUGCGGCCUGAGAACCCCCCCUCCACCUUAGCCACUUGGAUAACAAAACGCUGGUCAGACCAGUGGAAUUCGUCCACUACCAACCUGAAGGAGUUCAUCCCAAAGCCCUGUGCAAAACCAAGUGGCAGCGACCUCCCAAGAAAAGCCUGGGUCAACCUAAACCGUGUCAGAACUGGAGUUGGCCGCACACAAUAUUUCCUACAUAAAAUUGGAGCCGAAUCAUCACCAAACUGCGCCUGUGGAGAGAUCCAAACUAUGGAUCAUGUCAUUGAUGAUUGUCCGAUCUACAAAUCCCCCCACGGCGCUUCCGGACUUCGUGAGCUCGAUGAUGAGACGAUCUGUUGGCUCAAUAAGGAUCUUCCUAUCUAG